UCCACUAUGUCGAGUGAUGAACAUUCCGAUAAAGAGUGUCCUUUAUGUAUGGAACCACUCGAAGUCGAUGAUAUAUAUUUUUAUCCGUGUAAGUGUGGCUAUCAGAUCUGUAGGUUCUGUUGGCAUCGAAUCAGGACAGAUGAAAAUGGUCUUUGUCCAGCAUGUCGACAACCAUAUCCUGAAGAUCCGGUAAAUUUCAAGCCCCUGUCGUUUUCAGAUGUUCAAAAAAUGAAGACGGAAAAGAAACAGAAACAGCAGCAACAAAGGAUAAAAUUAUGUGAAUCGAGAAAACAUCUUUCAUCUUAUAGGGUUUUACAAAAAAAUCUCGUAUAUGUAGUAGGUUUGUCAGCAAGAGUGGCCGAUCCAGAAAUCCUUAAAAAGCCGGAAUAUUUUGGAAAAUACGGAAAAAUUAUUAAAAUAGCAGUUGGUACAACUCCGCAGAAUGGCCAACAAGCAGCGUCUUUUACAGCAUAUGUAACUUUCGCAAGAUUUGAAGAUGCUCUUAAGGCAAUUCAGGCCGUUAAUAAUGUUCAGUUGGAUGGUCGCAUUGUAAAAGCUUCAUUAGGUACAACCAAGUAUUGUUCAAACUUUUUGCGUAAUCAGCCUUGCCAUAAAUCAGAGUGUAUGUAUCUGCAUAACGUAGCAGAUUUGGAAAUAAGUUUCACGAAGGAAGAAAUGCAUCUUGGUCGACAUUCUGAAUAUGAAAAAAAACUCAUUGAAUCACUUAUAAAUAAAUCUAAAUAUCAAGCUGAAGCAGGAAAUUACGAUGAGCGAACGCGCACGCGAAGAAAUCACUCACAUUCACAGGUGGAUUCGCAAAGCGAUAUUACAAGAGGAAAGUCGAGUGCCGAUGAUUUAUUGGUGUCGAAACUUGGCUUAAAAUCUGAGAAGUAUGUUUAUUUAUACAUUUUUAUUUUAUUACUUUGUUUGUUUUACUUCCAUUUUUUUUUAUUCAUUUACAGAUCACGUUUGGUACAGUGGACUUCAACGAAUGGUGCAAUUUUGUCUGAAAAUAUUUCAAACACUGAUACUUCUGAAAACGGUCUAUCUGAGGUCAUUUUUUAUUUUACCAAUAUUUUAAUUUUUCCAAGGAUUUUCUAG